AUGCAUUCCUUCAACGUACUAGAGUCCACCGAGAAGACAGAAGAUGCUGUAUCUACUCGAAGCGUUGCACUGAUACCAACCCUUCUUGAUGAGGAGAAUAUCACUGAUGUAACACAUUUCAACACCGAUUCCGACAGCCAGUUCGUCUCCUCGCUCGCUGUCCCUCCUACCCGCGUCCCUUGUGAUGUUGAUACCAGUCCUAUCCCUCGUCCAAGCAGCGUAACAACAACCCCCCCUGUGCUUGCUGAGUUCCAGCGCGUGCUCGCUCCAACCUGCGGUGUAUCUGCAGAUACCGCACCAGUCAUGCUCGAGGUGCGAUGGCCUGUCGUUAGGAGUAGGCGCAAGCUGCUUUUCUCAAUCUGGGAUACCAUGCCCGCCGUUGAGGUGUCGGAGAACCAGCUUGUAGAGGAGAGCGCAGUGCUGCUUACGCGAGCUACUGAGCUCACCGCAAAGAUGCCGAAGAAUGAGCCCUGGAGACUUAUCCUAACCGACGAGGUGCACGGGAGGUUCAUCCUCGUCAGGGUGCUCAAUGAGCUGGAGUCAGCUGACAAUGCCUCGGUGAGCGAAGACGUUUGCAGUCCAUUUGUAAGCAAGACAGUCAACGACGCUGUCAUCAACGAACCACCUUUGCACAUGACGGAGGUGACAUUAGUCCAAACUGUCAAUUCGCAUGCACUCCCAGCAGUUCUUGCUGCCACUGUACUACGAUAA